AUGAAGAUAAAGUAUCUGAAAGAUGAUGACACGUUUUCCAACAUGUUUUGUGAAAACUCUAAGAAGCUUAUCAAUGUACACUUGUUUGCCCUGGCUGCUAAGUAUUAUUCUUUGUCCAGCCUUGGAGUGUGUACCCCAUUAGAAGACAUACUUGAAUCACUGAGAGGUGACAGUCAAGGAGCAACAGGUAUCAAAACUGAUGAGUUUAUGAAUAAUAAGAAAUCCCAUGAAGUGCAGGUGAUGUCAGAGCUGGUAGACAACAUAGCAAAUUAUUGUGGUAUAAAGCAGGUGAUUGAUAUAGGUUCUGGAAAAGGCUACCUGAGUUCAUUUUUGUCCAUGCAAUAUAACUUAAAAGUUUAUGGAAUUGACUCCUCAAACACCAACACUAAUGGUGCUCAUGAAAGGAACAGAAAAUUGAAGAAACACUGGAGAGCAUAUCAGAGUCGAGGAAAAGCAAACCUCAAAAGCCAGAGGUUGGAAAUGGCAAAUGACAGGCCAGUGGAAAGUGAAAUUAAAUGUAAAGCAAUCAAUGAAAAGCCUUUAAACAAUGACAGCAGUCUUCAAAGUCAGGAUCAAGUGACUAUCCAAGAUUUAGUUCCUUCUUGUGUUUUCACAGAAAUAGCUACAUCUGAAACCAGCAAACAAACUGAAGUUGAUUUGGUGGCUCGGACACAGUCUGAUGAGAGCAAACUUUCUGAAGAGGUUCUUGCUAUUCUAAAUAUUCUGCCUGCUGAUGCUGUAGAUGUUUUUUCUUCAUCUGAGUUUAACUGUGGGGAACUCUGUGAAGAGGAAAAGGCACAAAGAAAAAUAGCAUCUCUCAAGGCUAAAGCAAGCAAGUCGAGUGAAUCAAACCUGUAUUUUCCAUUGACCUCUUGCAUCACUGCAGAAACAGAACUCAGUGACAUCAUAACAGAUCUGGAGGACUGUAUGAUGGUGGGUCUACAUACAUGUGGCGAUCUUGCUGCGAAUACAUUACGGAUUUUUACUGCCAAGCCUGAAAUCAAAGCAGUUUGCAGCGUAGGCUGCUGCUACCAUCUGUUGUCAGAACAGUUUGAAAACCAAGAAG